GUCUAUUCCUCUGCCGGUACCAUCGCCCAGACCUUCUACAACAUACGGUCGAGAACCCUGCAGCGUCCAGUACGCGAGGUCGUACCUUUCGUAAGUUUGGGCACAGGCAUUCUCGGCAUCGACUGGUUGCUGAACGCAGGACAUUCGGUCGUUAUGUCAUGUCCUUAAUGCUGAUCAUGGAGGGUCGCCCUGACGAUGGAAGGCUCUAAGAGCCGACUCGCAUGGCGGCCAUAAAAGCUUGCAGCAUCUGGAGGGGAUUCACAGUUUCGGGUUCACCUCCAGCAAGUAGAGUACACGAGUACUUGGCUGUGGCAGGAGCGCACGAUAUGACAGCGGUGAGGUGAUGAAGUCGCUGGUCGACCUCACUGAGUUUCUACUCGAACAAGGCGCAUCCUGCUGCAAGCCAUCUUCAUGUUAGAGUCCGGCCAAUAUGCCUACCGAAAAGUAGGGACGGAUGCUUAGUGAGCCCUUGAGGUUAUGCUGUCAACUGAAUUCGAAGCCCAGUCAUUGGUAUUUCGUUUGGACCUUCAAGCAACGCCCAGCCUUAACGGAGAGAAGGAUGAAGUCUCACGUACUGGUAACUGCAGUGCUGCUGUUAAUCCAGCACCUGCUGGCUCAAAAAACGAAUGGAGAUUCCUCAAGAUCAUCCUAUGCUUGUACUAGCAGAGAGUCCAAAUCGUAUUCAUUUUGCGAUAAGGCUCUUUCGAUCGACGAGCGCGUUGCAGAUUUAAUCUCCCGACUCAGCUUGGAAGAGAAGAUCUCUCAAUUGGGGAAUGGAGCUGACGCGAUAUCCAGUGUCGACGUUCCUGCUUACCAGUGGUGGGGUGAAGCGUUGCAUGGAGUGGCAUACUGUCCUUCCGUGCACUGGGAUGGUCCUGUGAAAGGAGCCACAAGCUUCCCAAUGCCCAUUUCAUUGGCUGCAUCUUUCAACAAAUCUUUAUGGAACAAGAUUGGUCAGGUCAUAUCAACCGAAGGCCGAGCGAUGCACAACUUAGGGCAAUCAGGAUUGACUUUCUGGUCUCCAGUGAUCAAUCUGGUCCGAGACCCCCGAUGGGGAAGAGUGCAAGAAACUCCUGGAGAGGACCCAUAUCUCAUAGGACAAUAUUCAGUUUAUUUCGUGAGAGGGAUGCAAGAGGCGAAGGAUUACGACCCUUCGAACGAAGACGACAACGAAAAUGAGAAUUUCGCGCUGAAAACGUCUGCUUGCUGCAAGCACUACACAGCUUAUGAUCUGGACAACUGGCAAGGCGUCGAGCGCUACGACUUCGAUGCUAAGGUGACCAUACAAGACUUGGCCGACACGUACAAUCCACCAUUCCAGAGCUGUGUCGAAGAAGGAAGAGCUAGUUGUUUGAUGUGCUCCUACAAUAAAGUCAACGGCGUUCCGACAUGCGCUGAUCCGGAGCUUCUGAAAGGGACUGUGAGGGAGAAAUGGGGCCUUCGAGGCUACAUCGUCACCGACUGCGACUCGUUGCUCGUCAUGUACGACGAGUCCCGAUAUUCCAAAGGUCCUGCGGAGGCGAUCGCGACUGCCAUGCUAGCAGGGCUUGAUCUGAAUUGCGGUGCUACGAUUAAAACCUAUGGAGCUUCUGCUGUACAGCAAAGACUGAUAUCCGAAGCCGACAUCGAUCGAGCUCUGAAUAAUACUUUCACCGUUCUCAUGAGGCUGGGAAUCUUCGAUGGAAACCCCCUCGAUCAGCCUUACGGACGCCUGGGAGACGAUCAUAUAUGUAGUGAGGAACAUCAAGACUUGGCUACAGAGGCAGCUGUUCAAGGCAUGGUGCUUCUGAAGAAUGACGAGGACACCUUGCCGCUUUCUUCCCGUCAUAUCAAAACCUUGGCAAUCAUAGGGCCGAAUGCAGAUGAUACGAAAUACACAAUGCUCGGAAACUAUGCAGGUCGACCAUGCACGUAUAUCACUCCACUUCAAGGCUUAUCGACCUACGAGAUCAAUAAUGUUAUCUUCGAACCUGGUUGCUCCAGUAUAGAUUGCAGCUCAGAUGAGAAGAUCGAAGAUGCGUUGUCUGCUGCAAAGAAGGCGGACGUAGUGAUUCUUGUGAUGGGACUCGACCAGGACCUUGAGAGAGAAACAUUCGACCGAAACAGCUUGAAAUUGCCUGGAAAACAAGAGCUGCUCGUCUCAUCCGUCGCAAAUGUCUCAAAUGGUCCAGUUGUGUUAGUGCUAAUUUGUGGAGGACCCCUGGACAUAUCAUGGGCAAAAAACGACUCCAGAAUACAGAGCAUUUUGUGGAUGGGUUACCCUGGCCAGGCCGGUGGUCUAGCUUUAGCCCAAAUAGUAUUCGGUGACAGAAAUCCAGUUGGGAGGCUGCCAGUGACAUGGUACCCUGAAUCUAUAACGGACUGGCCAAUGACAUGUAUGAACAUGCGACCGGACCCUCACACUGGCUAUCCUGGACGGACACACCGCUUCUACAAUGGACCUACGGUUUACGAGUUCGGGUAUGGCAUGACCUACUCGAAGUCCACGACCAUGGAAGUCACUGGACCCACCAAUUUCACAGCACCUGCUUUGUUCCAACAGGCCUGUUAUCACAAACGCUUCACAGCAGAACAAAACGACUCUACUGGAUGCUCGCCAUCAGAUCUAGUUGCUUGUUUGGAAGCAAGCCUUCCGAUAAACAUCACUGUUAAGAACAGAGGACCCAGAGCUGUUACAGAGGUAGCGCUUGUGUACCAUGUUCCCCCUAGAGCAGGUGAAAAUGGCACCCAAUUGAAAGAGCUGAUUGCCUUCGAGCGAACCGAAGUGCAGCCCUUCUCGUCAAAGAAGAUUCAUUUGAUCAUUAAUCUGUGCCAUCACACAAGCACGGUUAAGUCAGACGGGAAGCGAUCUCUUCAGUUAGGAACUCAUAAGGUUGUCGUAAGUCCAGGAUCAGGAACAUCUGCAGAACAUAGGUUCUAUGUACACUGAGCUUAUGGUCUUCCUGAUUUUCAAAAUACCUCGGAAUUUAGUACUCUCUGCUUGUUUCUGGAAUUUGAACCGGCAACUUCCUCUAACACCGUUAGUGUUUGAAUUUGCUUCAUAUCGAUGUACGUCGCAGUACAUCGAGCAACCUUCUUAAACCUUUGCGGACUUCGAUGUCAAGGGUUUAGGAUUUAAGCUUAACCCUAAACGCUUAACGUAAACUUUAGCACAUG